AUGUUCUCGCUCGAUGGCACGCUGGAUUUCACACACUGGGAAAUGCUGUCUGGCAAUGGUGGCUCUGCCGCUUGGAGUGGCUUCAAUUUCCUGGUCGGAUUUGUUAUCGUUUUCAGGACGUCGCAGGCCUACACACGCUUCUGGUCGGCGCUUGGCGACACGCAUCAGAUGAUGGCAGCUUGGCUGGAGGCUGCCAGCAGCCUUGUGGCCUUCUCGAGGAGUUCUCCUGCCGAUCCUCUGCUGGUCGAGAACUGGCUGCACACUGUGAUGCGACUUUUCAGCCUGCUUAGUGCAUCAGCUCUGCAGGAAUUGACAGAUGUGGCUUAUCAUCACACGUGGGGCCUGCCAACAUUGGACGCCUCUGCGAUUGACCAUCAAAGUAUCGAGACCCUGGACAGCUCCAGCUGCCGAGUUGAGCUGUUAUACUAUUGGAUUCAACAGUAUGUUAGCGAUGGCUCGCACCAUGGGGUUCUCAUCACGCCGCCCCCACUUUUGAGUCGCACGCUGGCAGAACUUACAAAGGGCAUGGACAGAUACCAGGAUGCCAUGAAGCACUCUAAGGUUCCAUUUCCCUUUCCGUAUGCACAAACAACGUUGACGCUUCUCAUAUUUCACUGGAUCUUGACUCCGCUUGUCAUGGUCCAGUGGUCUUCAUCAACUGUUGGGGCCGGCAUCUUCACUUUUGUGCAGGUGUUCACUCUCUGGUGUUUAAAUGCAACCGCAGUCGGUUUCGAGCGCCCAUUUGGAGGUGAGUUGAAUGAUAUUGACCACUUGGAAUUGCAGAUGAACAUGAACAAGAGUAUAGUCAACCUGAUGGAGCCGCGCACACGACGAACUCCGUACAUACCUUCAUCCACGUAUUUGGACAUUGAUGUUUUACGGAAACGAGAUACCAUUCAUGCGGCUGCUUUGCAUCAGGAGGGUUGGCAGCUCAAAGACAUGUCAGACGAAAAUCGUCAUCCGCUGCUUCGAUGCUGCAGCCGGUCUCGAGCACGUGGCGCUCGCAGCACCAUUGCUGUUUCAACACGUUACAGCAGCAAGCGAUAUGGCUUCAUUGAUGGUGAAAGGACUGCCGUGUUGACUAUUGGUAUUGUGGGCUCUGACUUGUGUUUGGCGUUGCCCGCACUUCCAGGCGACACACGAAGUACAUUUGAGGUGCUGAAUGUCCGGGGCCAGCCUUGCAUCAUGCGCUUCAAGCGCAUACCAAUCCAGGAGCGGCAUCUUCUGCAUAAGGUGCCAGAUCCAGCUUGGAAUGAUGACUACCUAGACUUUCCCGUGGACUUCAUGUUCGCUGCGGAAACGCUCGCGAAAGCCUCCGAAUCGCACAAGAACAAGGGCAGCUUGGCUUCAGCAAAGGCAGAAGCAAAAGCGAACCAAGACGACUCCAAGGUCAUCACUCGAGGGGUCUCUCAACAUCUAAUCAGCGAAGAGCCAGCUGACACACCACGGGACAAGGAUGUGCCAGCCAGAGCUCCUUUGCCGGGUGCCGUGCAGGAUGCAGAGAAGGAUGCGCAUGGAGAGAUCAGAAUUCCACUCGCUGAUCCCACUCCACUAGCUGGUCUGAGCGAACCACCCAGAAGUACCUCGGAUGGACAAAGCGCUCAGACUCCUGCAGCUAUUGCGCCCCUUGGUGGGCCAGAGCUAGAGCCGGUGAAGCCCUUGCUGCCAGAGCCUGCAGAGCUCGAACGCAGAAUCUCCAUAGCCUCGCCUCGAAAGGAAGGUCCUCAGGACAUGGUGCUGCCAUGGGGUGGUGAGACCCCAGCGGAAGAGGACCUGGGCGAGGGCAGCGCCCACAUUCUUCCCUGGGGUGCUGCUGCGCCUCAAGAGGAUUCUGAGCCGGAAGCUGUCGAUUCCGGGAGUCGAGCACCCGGGCCGGAGGAGCCGAUUUGCGAGGCUGUGUCGGUUCCACCUGACACUGACAAGGCGGCAGAGCUCGCAGGCCCCCAGCAAGAGGUCAAGGAAGACUUGGUCGCUUUUGACCACUGUGACACCUCUAACCUGAUUGGCGCCGCAGAAUCAGCUCUAGAACAGCAGCCGUCACCGGUGUAG